UUACCUUGGCAGCGCCGCCUCCGGCGGCGGCAGCAGCAGCAGCGUUCAUGGCAUCACCCAGCAUCCUGGGUGCUUUCCAACCGUACUCGCCUUUCCUGCCCAUGAUGGCGGACUCAAAAACACAUCCCAUGCUGACACGAGCCCUGACCGGAGUCGGUACAUGUGCCAAUCCAAAGAGACCGCGCGGGGAGAAGAAGCCAAUCCCAGAGGACCAGAAGGAUGAGAAGUAUUAUGAGAGGCGGAAGAGGAACAACCAGGCAGCAAAAAAAUCGAGAGACGCGAGGAAGAUGAGGGAGGACCAGAUCGCUCUGCGGGCCACGAUGCUGGAGCACGAGAACGCCCUGCUACGAGCACAGGUUAUAACGCUGAAGGAGGAGAUCCAGUCACUCAGGCACAUGCUACUGCAGACCAAGACAGAGGAAAUGGCUCAACAGCGACCCACGUGAUCACCUGUGCUCGUCGAAAUUUCAGUGUUAUUGUAUAGAUCGAUGUGCAGUUCGUGAGAAUCUGAAUGGCUGUGAUUAACUUGUACAUAAUCAAUUGAAGAGUGUGAUGUUAAUUACUUCUCCUUAAAUUUAUAUCAGAAGAUGGUGUAUAAAUGUUGUAGAUGAGGCUGACGAGUGGUUGGGCAGGUUGACUACAUGGAAUAUACGUCCUAUAUUAUAUUCCUCACUUCUUUCACCGUCAAUUUUCUGUUUAAAAUAUUAGACGUGUAUUUAAUUAAAAUACAGCCGUGGGAUUUUACGAGUUAUUUAUACAGGAAUGGUACCUAAAUUGGA